AUGGUCAAGGUUGUUGUAUUAGGCUCAGGAGCUAGGGAACAUGCUUUGGCCUAUGCUUUCGACCAGAGUAACCAGGUCGAGAAGGUCGAGAUCAUCCCCGGAAACUCGUGCAAAUAUUCCUUGGGCAGUCUGAGUAAGUCAAGUAUGGUGUUCAGCGACAGUGUUCGUAUAACUCUUUCAUAUUUUUGAAUGACAACAGGUUAAUCUUUGACUUUUCUCCAUUUCAGUUAAUGGCGACGAUGUCGAGGAUGUCAGAAGGUAUUGUAAAGAAAACAAGAUCGAUCUGGUUGUCAUUGGACCAGAAAAGCAGAUCUGUGAAGGAUGGGAAGAUGAGCUCAAGGCCGAUGUGAGGGUCUUUGCUCCUUCGAAGUCCGCUUCUCUCCUCGAGGCAUCAAAAACAUUUGCUAAAGAAUUCAUGAUAAAAAAUGGAAUCCCCACAGCCAGAUUUCAUACCGUGGCGGCCAGGGAUGACUUAGCUGCCUUUCUUCAAAAACUGUAGGCGCCAAUUCGUGAUUGGGUUAUUCUGUGUGAACUCACUUUAAGGACAUAUUACAGGAACGAUUGGAAAGGUUACGUGAUCAAAGAAGACGGCUUAUGUGCCGGUAAAGGAGUGACCAUAUGCAAAAGCGUCAAUUCUGCUUUGGAAACGUUGAAUGAAAUUUUCUCUGUUAAAGCCGAUUCUCAUGUCAUCGUUGAAGAGUUUCUUGAAGGAUACGAAGUCUCAGCGCUCUGUUUUACUGAUGGGAAAGACUUCAAACUGUUGCCAUUUAGUCAAGAUCAUAAGGCCGUAGGGGAAGGAGACACUGGGCCUAAUACGGGAGGCAUGGGAGCCAUUGCCCCACUUCUUCUACCACUCGACAUUGAAGAAAAGAUCGAGGAUAUCAUUACAAAAACCAUCAAUGGGAUGGCAAAAGAUGGGCGCACUUACAAAGGUAAAUAACUUCGGAAUUGAACGAAAAUGCACAGCGUUUUGUCCUUUUUUGGCAUGAAUCGGCCACCAAUUUUAUUCAAGAAUUUUUUUGAUGGCCCACAUUUACGCGGGUGUAGCGGGUGCAUACUACAUGUGUAUAUGAUGAGGGCGCGAAAUUUAUAGUGCUAAUGCAUAGGGUAAAUGCAAACCUUUCGAAGCAUGCCACUUAUGACAACUGUUAACUGAAAUUUGUUAGCAAUAGUCAGAGUGAUGGUAUCAUGGUAUUACCAAGGCAAAAUUAUACGGCAUGCUUGGUCAGCAUGCAAACUUCAUUAUGUAAAAAUUAAGCAGUCAGUGUAAAAAAUUGCGUUAACUUGACAGAAGAGCUACGUAAUUUUGUCGCUCUCAGAUAUGUCAUAGAAUUAAAUUCUGCACAAGAUUCUAUCACUCACUUGUUCUAAAGGUGCGCCUUAGGGCACUUUUUUUUGUCGCCGAAGAUCCAGAGUUGUAAAUUCAGUUUCCCGUAACAGUUGUCAUAAGUCGAAAGAUCUGUGAUUCAUUUCAAAAAAGAACAGAACGCUGUGUAAUGUACUGUUCUAGGAGUUUUAUACGCCGGACUUAUGAUUACGUCAACAGGACCGAAAGUCCUGGAAUAUAAUUGUCGGUUUGGUGAUCCAGAAACUCAGGUAUACUCUCACUUCCCUUUGCGAAAUAUUAUGUAUUAAGGUCCUUCUCCGACUUUUGGAGUCUGAUCUCUAUGAUGUUUGUGUGGCAUGUUGUGAUGGUUGUUUGGAUCAGAUAUCUGUAAAAUUCUCUAAAAAGAAAGCCGCAGCAGUAGUUGUUGCCUCAAAGGGAUAUCCAGGGUCGUUCAAGAAGGAUGUGCCCAUCCAGAAUUUGAUCCAAGAGGACACCUCUAAAGGCCUUGUUAUAUAUCAUGCUGGAAUUAAAAAAGAUUCAACAGGAUUAAAGAGUUGUGGGGGAAGAGUGCUGACCGUAUCCGUAGUCGGCGAUUCUUUCUUUGAUGCCCUAAGGAUCUGUUACGAGUUCCUUGAGACCAUUCAAUUUGAAAAUGGAUUUUGGCGAAGAGACAUUGGUCAUCACGUAAUUCCCCGAGCCGUUGACUAUUCCGAUAGUGGAGUUGAUAUCAGCGAAGGCAACCAACUGGUUGAUGACAUAAAAGGAUCUUGUGCGGCUACAAAAAUCCCUGGAACAGAUGCGGUAAGUGACAUUUUUGUUUUUUAUUUUUUAAGAUCGGAGGAUUUGGGGCCAUUUUGAAUCUCGAUGAAGCUGGUUACCGUAACCCUUCGUUAGUGAUUGGGAUGGAUGGGGUUGGAACCAAGCUUGAGAUCGCCAGUCAGGCCAAUAAAUUGGACGGUCUUGGCUAUGAUCUGGUUGGAAUGUGUGUAAAUGACAUCAUUUGUCAUGGAGCAAGGCCAUUAGCCUUUCUGGAUUACUAUGUUACUGGAAAGCUGAAUAGAAAAGACGCAGUUACAGUAAUCAAGUCAAUUGCAAAUGCUUGUUUGGAGAGUGGAUGUGCAUUGGUCGGUAAGUAAAGGACCCAAAAUGUUCAUCUUGCAGGCGGAGAGACUGCAGAGAUGCCUGGAGUCUACAACAAAGAGCAAUGGGAUCUAGCGGGAUGUUGCAUUGGGGCUAAAGAGAAAAGCGAGGCAACUUUGCCGUUAAUAGAAAGGUAAGUUUUUAGCAGUCGAGAAAAACAUAAACUCCGCAGGAUGAAUGAAGAGGACGUUUUGAUUGGCGUAGAAUCGAAUGGAGUCCACAGUAAUGGAUUCAGUUUAAUUAGACGGAUCUUGAAACAAAAUGGAAUAGUGGUCACAUCGCCUUGUCCAUGGAAAAUGGAUCAAACAUUUGGUAUGAAACAUUCCUCAAAGAGGCAACGGUCCACCUCUUGCUGAUUUCUGAAAUCCUUUAGAAAUAUCGGGCUGAUUUCUGAAAUCGUUAGAAAUAUCCUAAACACCCUUGAUUCUUUGUAAAAAAAUUAGUUUAUGUAUUCCUUACUUUUUUCUUAAGUAGUACUGUGUUAAAAAGUACUUUUUUGAUUUUUUCUGAAAAUACUCGAUUUGGGUGUUUUUAUAGUUCUAUUUUGUACUGUGAAAAAAAGUAAAAAAAUACACAAAAUACACAUUUUUUGCAAAGAUACAGGGCACGGCAACCCGAAAUAGAAGAAAACUGUAGGGGUGCUUAAGAUAUUUGCAAGGAUUUCAGAAAUCUCCCCAUAUUGGCCGGCCCUUUAGGGCAUCUGCUCAUAACUGUUUUUGCCCAUAAUGACCGGCCACGCUCAAAGAGUUUAUGUUUUAGCUGAUGAGUUACUCCGACCAACAAAACUCUAUGCCAAACUCUUAAUGGAUCUGAUAAAAGGUGGACUAGUUAAAGGAGUAGCUCACAUAACAGGAGGAGGACUCGUCGAGAAUGUCCCAAGAGUACUCCCAAAACACCUUGCCGCGGUUAUUGUAAGUAAAUAUUAUCGUCGAACAUGGCAAUCGGGCUAGGCCUUUUGUUCCUGGGGGCUCGAAGCCCGGCUUGCUAAAAUGUAGGCCCGGAAAGUUUUCAAAAUUUUCGAAGCUCGGCUCGGCCCUAAAAAAUCUAAAAUUUCCGAAGCCCGGCUCGGCAGUUUGACGUCAGUUUUUAAAUGUCAUCAUUUUCAAACAAAAUACUGUUUAUGUAAAGGAAAACUACUGAACUAAACGCCUAACACAAAAAUGGCGUCUAAAUUUAUAAUUUUGAUGCAAAACAGUCGCUUUUCCCAAAAAAAAUAUUUUGUAUGGGAACCGCGCCUCUUGCCUAAGUCCAAAUCUCAAGCCCAGGCCAGCCCGGCCCGGUUUCCAUCUCUGAUUAUCAUCAAACAACCAACAUAAAUUAGAAAUCGGAUGCAUGGGAAAUCCCUGAAAUCUUCAAAUGGAUUCAAUCGAAUGGACCAGUGGAACCAAAAGAAAUGUUCAGAACAUUCAACUGUGGUCUUGGAAUGGUUCUCGUUGUUCCUAACGAAUUCAAAGAUAUUGUGAUAGAGAGAAUAUAUGCUAAAAAUACAAAUGCAUGGUGUAUUGGAAGUUUGAGGAGAAGAACUGAACACGCUGUAGUCCUUGAGAAGCAAGAAGCAGCAUUCCCCAACUUUUCUCUUAACUAUUUAAAAAGGAGACGAGUCAAUGUUGCAGUUUUGAUAUCUGGAACAGGUGAGAUUAUGUAUAGGGUGUUUCAAGAAAUAUUCUAAAACUUUUUGCGAAUAUCGUUGUGCUAUUUGCAGCUAUCCAAAAAGUUUUUAAACUUAAAAGUUGUACAGGGUGGGCCACUAAAACCUUCCGUCUUUUUUUGUUAGAUUUCUCCGCGGAGACUCCGCCAAUUUUCCCGAAAUUUAGAUUUUUCUGGAGCUGAGAUGCGCCAUUUUCAACCGGUUGAAUUUAAAAAAAGAAAAUAUCCUGAAUUGACCUUUCUAUGCCUUUCCAAAGUUUUUGAAAAUUAUUUUCCAGCCGAAACCGCUAAAACUUAGGAAAUUUUUGGAAUGAUUUUGAAAACUCGGUCAUUUUUUCGGGUUUUUGGGUGAAAUCUUACUUGGUUUGCCUCAUAUAUUUGCAAAAUACUGUUGUAAAAACUAAUCAAUAUUUAACAAGUUGAUUAUUAUUAUUUCUAUCUGAGUUUGACGUGUCCACCUCCUCUUGCAGCACGGACUUGUAGGGGCUUUGAAGGUUAAGAACAGUUCGAAUUGCGGAUCGUGAGCAUGGUUUAACUUCAAUUGAGCCUGGCUCCAAGCCUGAAUGCGCCAAGCCAUGACUUGUAGCCUUAAUGUGGACUUUUUCACUCUUGUUGAAAAAAAAUUUUUUUUCAACAUUCAUACCCUAACGGUAAUACAGACAACACUUUUUUUGCUUUUAACUUGCUUUAAACAAAGUUUAGAGAAAGCGUACGGAACUUUUUACUCCACGAUUUUACCAAAAAAGCCCGAAAUUUUCCAAGUCCGAGAAAGGCAAUUGAAAAUCAUUCCAAAAAUUUUCAAAGUUUUAGCGGUUUCGGCUCGAAAAUAAUUUUCAAAAACUUUGGGAAGGCAUAGUAAAGUAAAUUCAGCAUAUUUUUUCCUGAAAUUCAAUCGUUUGAAAAUGGCGAAUCUCAGCUCCAGAAAAACCUAAAUUUCAUGAAAAUCGGCGGAGUCUCCGCGGAGAAAUCUAAAAAAAGAAGACGGAAGGUUUUAGUGGCCCACCCUGUAUUUAAAAUUCGAAUGUAACGAGGCGUAAUCUUCAAAAAAGACAAAAUUUCUCCGCCGAAAAAUGAUCUCUCCGCUGAGGGGAGAAAAAAUCUUUUGCAUAAAUUAUCCUAAAAACGCACGGCUUCCAACUUUUAAUACAACUUUAACUUUUUGGAUAGAUCCAAAGAGCACAAAGGUAUUCGCAAAAAGCUUUUAUAACGCAUAUUUCUUAAAACACCCUGUACAUUAAAAAUACUGAUCAAUGUGAUUUGGAGGUAGUAACAUGGUAAAACUCAUUGAACAAAGUCGAUCAUUUGGCAGCAACUGUUUCGUCAGUGUAGUAAUAUCCAACAAGGAAGAUGCCUUAGGCUUGAAGAAGGCCAGAAAUAUGGGAACUGAUACAGUAGUCAUUCCCCAUGGUAAUGAUCGCUCGACAUUUGAAAAGAGAGUCACGAAUGUAAGUACUAGAAAUAGUUAUGCAUAAUAUUAUUUUAUCGCAGGAACUGAAAUCCCGAGGAGUACAGUUGAUCUGUCUGGCAGGAUUUAUGAGGAUCCUUACGCCAGUAUUCCUGAAUGCAUGGCCCAAUCGAAUCAUCAACCUCCACCCAUCUCUACUACCUUCUUUCAAAGGAGCUCAUGCAGUUGAACUUGCGUUGAAGGCCGGAGUAAUGUUCACAGGAUGUUCUGCUCAUUACGUAGUCGAAGACGUGGAUGCGGGGAAAAUCCUUGACCAAUCCGUUGUUCCUAUUAGCCCGUAUGAUGACAAGGACUCCCUUCAUUCAAAAAUCCAGCAGAAAGAAUAUGAAAUGUACCCGAAAGUCAUGGAGAAAGUGGCUCUCGAAAUAUUAGAGAAUGAAAAUUUCUGA